AUGGAUGAUAUGUGGAAUAUUGAGGCAUGGGAUGGAGUUAGGAGAUUCUUCCCGGAUAAUAGAGAUGGGAGUAGAAUAGUAGUGACUACAAGGCUAUCGAACUUGGCAUCACUGUUUAACUACUCGAAUGGUCAUGAUAUGCAAUUUUUGGAUAAGGCUGCUGGUUGGAACCUAUUUUCCAAAACUGUGUUCGGGGAUGGAAGUUGCCCUCUUGAGUUGGAGAGUGUCGGAGAGAAGAUUGUGGAAGGUUGUAGAGGACUUCCGUUGGCAAUUGUUGUCAUAGGAGGACUAUUAUCGAAGUCUGAACUAACAAAAGAAAGUUGGGGAAUUUUUGAAGAAAAUCUAAGUUCAAGUGUAAAUUUGGAUGAUAGCGAGAGUUGCUUGCAAGUAUUAUACAUGAGUUAUAAAUAA